GGAGGGCAGUCAGCCACUUACUACUGUGCCUUUAGCUUGGGGGCUACCCGCCCCCCGGCAGAGUGAGGGCAGGGAGGAGGAGGAGGUGGGCUGGACUGAGCAGGAGGAUGAGCGGUUGCCAGAAAGCACGAGUGUGAGGAGGCGAGGAAAACAGCGCGGAAGAUCCACGCCGUGAGGCAGGUCCGGGCCGGCGGGAUUUACUCGCACCUACGGCUCACUGCCGCAUUCUCCAAGCCUGCCACGGCUCUGGGUCUCGCCGCUGUUUGGCGAGCUGCCAGUGUGCUGCUGUUCACGGCGCAGAGAAAAUUUUUGGAAUACUCUUUUUUGGAGUAUCUGUUCUUCUGUGUGAAGUCUGAGGUUCUUCUUAGGCUCUAUUUGCGUCAGAAAGACUUUUCCGGUUGGGAUCGGACUCCGGAGCUGGGAAACAUUUUCUGGAGAAGCUCAUGCUCACGUGUUAGAGGCGGUGUGAGAACGACUACAACUCUGUUACAGAGCACAUCUGUUUGACAGCCUUUGGUCCUCCCCAGGAACAAGGCAGGACGUGUAGGAAGGCAGAACUUCUUAGAUAAAAUACUGUCUUUCUGUGGGGCUGGUAAAAACUGGAUGUCUCUUUCUCUCUUUCUUUUUGGGUCUUCCAGGAUUAACGUUUACAUUUGAGGAGCGGGAGAAGGGGGCGGGGCGGGGGACACCAGGAGAGGAUGUCAAGGCGGAACUCUGUGGGGGACCUGGUGCCCCGGGAUAUCACGGAGGUCCUGGCCCGCGAGGCCAAGACCAACAAGGCCAAGAGGAAGAACGGAGGGUCUCUCAGCCGGGCCCUGGGCUGGUUCCGGGGAGACAGGAAGAAGAACAGAGAUGGAGGGGGCAGGCCGGAGCCCCGAAGCAGGGCAGCGGACAGUCAGAUGGCCGAGCAGAGCCACACUGAGCCAGUCUGCACCAAAGCUGCCUCAAAGCCGGAGGAUGACCGCAGGCUGACCGUGCACUACCAGGUUUCGCCGCACUACCAAGAGAAUGUGUUCAUUGAGGGGAGCCGGCCGCACUACCUGCAGGACCUGCACAUCGAGGCCCAGGAGGGGCUCAAGAAGCUUCAGCAGGAUGAAAAGAGGAGUGACCUUGACUUCCAAGACGGCCAAAGUGUCAGCUCAUCAGCGGUGCUUCCACCAGGGGGCGAUAGCGAGCCACGGGACAGGAAGGAGUCACUGGAGUCUGGAAGCACCGCGGGUGACUCCGUGUUGAUGGCGUCCAGGCGAUCCUCAUUGAGUCGCCAAGGCUCGACAUUCAAGCCCCUGAAUCCCACUAAGGUGGAAAGGCCCAAGAAGAGGGGCAGACGCACCACCAUCAUGGGGAUACCUCAGCAUGUCCAGAAGGAACUGGGGUUGGAGAGAAGUACGCUGUUUCGUCAGAACAUGGACAGACAGCUCACCAAUGGAAGAGAAGCUCCUCCUGAUGUCGUGGUCAUACCAACCGUUGAUGGGGACGCCCCAGCGGUGAAUCAUGAAGGAGCACGAGUCCACCUCCUGGACCUUGAGGUUCUGCAGUCGUCUAAAGAAGAGCGACUCCUCAAACAACACAUCCAGGAAGUCUACAGGGAUGACCUGGCCCUUGGACGGCAGUUCGGCCAUCGCCUGUCUCCAUCGCUGAGGCCUAAAUCGUUGGCUGUGCCAGGGUUGACCACCACUGGGUUUCUACAGGAGCCACAAGGCCCGGUCAUGUCCAUAUCACCCCAAGCUACCUACUUGUCUAAGAUCAUUCCUAAUGCCAUCCUGCCCGUUGCGGUGGAUGUGAUUGAGAUCAGCCGUUGCCGCAGCCGGAGCAGCGUCCGCACGGUGAGCAAGAGCAGCGUGGCGUCGGGGAGCCCAGCCUCCUCGCGCUCUCAGGUCCGUCACGGACCCUCAUCUGCCGACUCCAAUUGGAGCCACUCGCAGUCCUCGGAGACCAUCGUGUCCAAUUCCUCCACCAUUUCUUCCAAGGGCAGUGCCAGCCACACUAUGGUGCCUAAUGGCACUGUGAAGGAAAAUGAGCAGAGCAGGCAGCUGGCCCCGGACCAGUUGAGCAUUGGCAGUGCCACCAGCUGGGUCAGUUCAGCAAGUGCGGGCACCAAAACGCAAGUUGAGUUGAACUCCCAUGCCAUGCAAGAGAGGGAUGAAGGUGAAAGCCAGCGGAGCGACCACUCUUGUGUCCGCAGUAUGUCUGUGAUGAAGACAAGGAUGCCGCCAGCCCCACCCACACGAACGUACUCCCUGCAUUCCAAAAAUAUCAAGCCAGAGGUUACAUACUCGGAAGUCAGUGUUGGGAAGAUUUCUCGGGUCAACGGAGUAAAGCAUGACAACAUUCUGGAGGAGGCUCUCUCACAGAACUUGACUGGCAGUGCUGGGAGUCCUACAAACUCUGCAGACUCUUCUCUGGACGACUCCAGAUCUUCUGUCUCCUCCAGCAUAUUAACCCCAGACCAAACAGUCACCCUAGAUAGUGUGCUGAGUUCUGGUGAAUCCUCUCCACAGAAGCUGGCCUUCCAGGAUAAUAAAUUCGAUAGGACCUUGUCUCCUUCCAGCGGUUAUUCCAGCCAGAGUGGCACCCCCACACUCUCCGCUAAAGAAAUCUGUUUACCUUCCCUAGGAAAGAUGAAGGCCAAGCCUGCCAAGCCAGAGCGGAUAGGCUCCCGAGCAUCGCCCGUUGCCUCAAUCUCAUCUUCGCUAACUUCCUUGUCAUCGGCUAUGUCUGAGCCUGUUCACCAGGAAGCCCCCACCAAUGGCCUGCCCCCCCAUAUUCCCAGGGUCUCACACCCCGUUUCUGUAGACAGCGCCAAGGUCAGCCCCACACUCGGAGCCAGAUCUGUCAAGGAAGUAUUUGACAUUCCUCCACCACCAAAAGUCAAGGCACCUUGUCCUCCACCCCCUGAGACGUGGAUGCACAACAGACGCACCUUUGAUUUGCUUUGUGGCUCAAGCGGUGCGUCCAACAGGUUUUCCAUGCUUCAAAAGCAGCAGGCAACGGUCCUCCUGUGUGAUCAAAGUCAAGGGACAGCAGAGGGGCAGCAACAAGAUGAGGAUCUAACUUCAAAGAAGGAAGAGGUGGUAAUGGAAAGCCAAAGGGAGCAAGCAUCAGUGCAGAACUCUGAGUUUUCUGUAAAAAGUUUCGGGGAUCCCUCAGCUGUGAAAAUCGAGGAAGGUCCAGUAAAGCAAACUGCAGAACAUGUUCAGAAACAAGAAAUGACAGAACCAGCCAAAGAUCAAAGUUUAGAUGGUGAAGUUCUGCAACUUCACCAAACAAACCAGAAGAAGGAACAAGAAGAUAUGGUAAUAGUAAAGAAAAUGCCACCCCCGGUCAUGAAAAGGAGUAGUUUAAUAGCAUAUAAAAAAGAGAACCUUAAAGCUGAGGAAAAUCUGCUGGCUCAGAUGAAAAUGGUCCCUCCAGAAGUAAAAAUCCAUAGUUCCCCUGAAGAAAUAUUUACUACCCAGAAGGAAGAUGCUAAGGUCAAAGAUCCUGUUGUAGGUUUGAAGUCAACCAUGCAGAUUCUUCUAGUGGAAGGUCCCAAACAGGUUGGUAUUUCUCCACCUCCUUCCCCACCACCCUCUCAUCAGCCUCCCCCUCCGCCAUCGAAAAAAAGCCCCCCCAUCGCAGUGCCCUCCGUUUUCCAGGAAGACCACCAAGAGACUCCCACAAUAGAGUCAUCCUGGCCUCCUCCACCUCCUCCACCCAUGGAGGAGAAUCCCACACCAGUCUUUGAAGGGCAAGAUGAACUGGACUUUCCCCCACCUCCACCACCAGUUUUUCAGGAAACCCUGCUUGAUGUAGUGGAUAAUUUCCCAGUAGCUGAGAUUCAGAGAAUGUCGGGCGCCACAGAGGAGAGAACAGUAGAGGAAGAGCCACCUGAAGAGUUGGCACCCUCUACCCACAUGGGGACAGCAUACGAGGAAUGCCGAACCCAGGUUGUAACCCAUACUGGAGGAGAUGUGACACAAGAAAGCACAGGCUUAUCAUCCACCUUCGUCAACCCUAUCACAACAGAGGUCCAAAUCCACUGUUCAACGACUCCUUUGGAGAUGAGGCCAACUUCUACUGUAAGUCAAUAUUCAGAGUCUCAGGUUCCACGGCUGUCAUCUCCUCUACCAGAGGGUAUACCUCCUCCCCCACAGGAAGCUCCACCACUACCACCAGCUACCGUUAUCCAGACUGAUCCACCUGCAUUUUCUCACGUCCCCCAUGCUUCCAUACUGCUGGGAGAGAAGCAAGCCACUAUGAGCUUUAAAAGAACAAGUAUCACAAACCGAGAUGGCAAGGGUAAAGACCAGCAGUCUCGGAGCAAGACUACUCCUGUACCCAAGGAGGAUGCCAACAUUCCACUAGUCACACCCUCGCUCCUCCAGAUGGUCCGUCUACGAUCUGUCAAUGUCAGUGAUGAUCAGACCACAACCCCUACAGAGAGCAUUAACCCAACUGAGAGUAACAGCUCCAACGAGGACCAAAGCCAGACCCAGACAUGUAGCCACAGUGUUCCUCAGAAGCCCAUUCGAAAAUCAUUGUCCAUGAAAUCACCUCCACCUGUAGGGACAUCAUCUUCCAUGCGGCUGCAGGAAGCUAUCCGAAUGAAGACAGCGGCCAUGAGACCAAAGGAAGGGCUCCUGGCCAGGCCCAGCCUGCAAUCAUCUGGCAGUGUGGAGUCUGGGGCAGUCUCCCCACGGUCACCAGACGGGGGUGACAUUCACAAAUCUCCUGCCUCCACUGCCAGCUUUAUCUUCUCCAGGAGCACAAAGAAAGUCGUCAUCGAGACACCCACUUCCCCUGAGCUUCAAUCCAGCCUCAAGCAGAACCUGGCAGCAGAGCUUAUGCAGAUCACGGACUCAAGUUCGGUGGCUGCUAAUUCAUGCGCUCAGACUCAAACCAAGAAGCCAAGCAAGAUACCACCACCUGUUGCCAGAAAACCAGAGUAUGUACCGAACCAGCGGGAAAAAUCGAUGAGCCAGAGUGCAAACGUGGAGAAUGCCAACGGACAUACAGGAGGAGUGCGACCUGCAGGUCAGCAAGCACAGCAAACGGAUGGCAAUUAGAGUAGUCAAGAAGAUGGAAGUGCGGUUGGAGUACCACCAAGCUUGUAAACAACUGCACGUCUUUUUGGAGACUAGCCAGCAAGAAAUUUGGAGAGAGACUCUAAAGAGGAGUCAGUUGGAAAUGCUCAUUGCGAGGAAGUCUUAAUCAAAGCCUUAGCCUUAAGUGGCCUGCAUAUUUAUGCAAAAAUGGUGUUUAUAUUAAUUUCCCUUGAUUUUAUAGCUUUAUUUUGAAACAUUUGUCUUUUUAAAUUGUUUCUGUUCUACAAAAGCGCAAGUAGAAACCCCUUGAGUAUGUUACUCUGAAUAUUGUUUUUUCUUUUUAAUUCCAUGGUCUUUAUGACUGUAAGCCUGCGUUACCACCUAGUGGUCAUGAUGGGUAGUAACCACUACUGCCAAGUUUUGAAAACGGCCCAAAAUUUACAUUUACACAUUUAGCAGACUCUUCUGUCCAAAACGACGUACGUGAUACAUUCCAGAGGUUGGAUAUAAGAAGAAAAUAUAUUAAAAGCAUCACAAAAUUAAAGAUAUCAUUACAAUUAAUGCAGUAUUCCUUUUUGGAGUGUAGCUGAAUGACUACUUAUUGCAUAAUUUUCCAUUUGUAUUUUUGGUUCCAAAAGUAUGCAGCUCUAUUUUUCUCAUUUUCGGUUUUACAAGCUUUCAGUCAUUUACUGAAGAAAUAAACACCUGUUACAUUUUUUGCUAUUUUUUUGUUUUAAGUAGGUUGUGCUUAACAAAAAGGGAUACUUGCGUAACAAUGUGGUAGAGCUGUCAAUCAGAAAAGCACUUUAAGUAAAUAAGCUGUAUCAGAUCUGUUGCAUUCGCAAAGGCAAUGAUUACAGAGGGUUUCCAGUAAAAAGAGAGAAUUGAAUGAAUCAGCUGCUUCUUAGUACAACUUCCAAGACUUUAUAAUGCCUUAAUGCACUGUUACUCAAAAAAAUGUUGGCAUCAAACUGGAUGUAUACAGACAUAUAAAUUUAAAAAGUUUUCAAAAUUUUCUUCUCUUUGUAGUUUGACUACUUUCUUAAAAUUCGUAUGUCUCUUGUUCAAUCAAUCUACUGCUGUUUUCAGGUCAAUUUUUGUAUGUUUUUUUUUUUUCAUUUCCAAAAACUGCAGUUUAGUUUAGAUUUCUAAAUAUUGAAACACAGGCUGCCCUGAUGAUGCCAAAGAAACUCGCCCCACCUAGUGUGACACAGCUGUACUCACUGAGAGAAUGUGACAGCCCACAUAAUAUGGCGCAACAUCAAAGCUUUGUCUAGGUCUGUAUUUGAGCUGGACUCCCUGUUGUUUAACGCGGCCAAUGCCCACCAGUCCUUCAGAUAACAGCAAGUGACCACCUGGGGUUGAACUUCACUCCUGGCUCUCUCCCACACCAAGUGACCUUUAACUGAGCCUGGUGGUGACUAGACACUGUAGACAGUGCCUUCGGGUUAAUCCGUUAUGUGGAUGAGAAGCCAAUUAUCGCAAUCCAAGGCCCAGUGCACCAGGGUCCUCCAGUAAAAUUUCUCCAGACAAAACAGCAGAGAUGCUGUAUCCUUUGCUAUAGAUAAAAAAUCAAUUUUUUCUACCCUAACCACUACUUUUUUGUUUUUUUUGGACUUUGAUGCCUCCUUGCACAACUCGCCCUUCUGAGAAUCACUUAAGUGGAAAAAGGUGAUCCACUGGAUUCCACUGGAUGCAGUCAAGAUACCUUCUGUCUCUGAUAUUCAAGUAAUAAUGAUAUUAUGGUUAUGAUUACACAUAAUAAUGUACAGUUGCUUUGUUUAAAAAGAGCAUUAUAAAUAAAACAUUAGAUCCCA